CACAACUCAAAUGCUGUAUUUAUGAGAUUGAUAUCGAAAGUAAACUGUUAAUCUAAUCUUAGUACAUCUGAUUCCCUUCAGAAAGAUUCAAUUUAGGAGGUUGGUUUAAUCCUUGAAGAUUUAGAAACAGUCAGCAUUUACGAUACAAAUAAAAUACCUAAAGUUUUUGUUCUUUGAGAAAGUCGCAGCAUUAAUAAGAGAUGGAAAAAUCAACACAGAUGGGAAGCUAUUAUAAAAAAACGAAAUUAAAGUUAGACAUUCUUAAACUGAAAAUAAAACGUAGAAGUCGGAAAGAUGCGUUUUCAAUUGAGAUGCAAAAGAGGAAAAAAAAAGUGAAGAAUGAACUAGAAUUGGAAUUGAAGGGAGUAAAAGAUGAUCUGGAAUGUCGUGUGUUAAGAGAGAAAAUUUCUCGAAAGAUGCCUCUACACUACGAACCUUGGAAAUCGAGUUUAAUACGUUUAUUACGCCAAUCACAGCCUUCACGGGGGGAAAUCGAACUAAAACGAAAGAAGAAACGUGUGGAGAUUGAUAUAUUAGAAAUGAAAUUGAAAGAAAUAAAAUCAAAAUGGUCGUCGAAGACCUCAACCGUGGAGGAAGAAGUGAAUGAAAUGGAAGAGAUGGAAGAAAUGAAUUUAAGGGAGGAAAUUAGGCUGAAAAAGAAGAAAAAAGAAUUGGAGAUUGAAAUAUUAGAAAUAAAGUCAGUAUUGCCGUUUGAGUUAGAGUUUGAGAGAAUGGAGUUGGAAAAAACGAAGGGAAAAUUUGUGCUUUCAAAGGAGGAAAUGGAAUUAAAACGUAAGAUGGAAUAUUUGAAAUUUGAUAUAUUAGACGCUAAAUUGAAACGAAUAACAGAAUUAAAAAAAAAAUUAGCGCCUUCAGCGAAAGAGAUGGACAUGAAACAACAGAAAGAAGAUGUAGAGUUGCGCUUAUUGGAAAUGAAAUUGAAAAGAAUGGAGUCAGAAGCAAAGUUUGGGAAGGGGAAAAUAGAGUUGGAAGAAGAGGGAGCAUUUUUAGAGUAUCACAUGUUUGAAAUGAAAUAUAGACGAGAAAAAUUAAAACUGCAUUUUCUAGAGAGGAAGAAAGAAAUGAGGAGUGAGGAAUUUGAAUUUAGAGUUCGGCAAAGAGAGGAAGAAUGGCAAAAAGGUGAAGUAUGGAAAGAAGAGGAGGAAAGGAAAAAAGAGAAAAAAUUGAAAAAAGAGGAAGAAUGGCACGAAGAGGAGAAAUUGCAAGAAGAGAGAGAAAGAAAAGUAAAAUGCGAAAGCCCGUUGGAAAUGAAUGUGAGAGCGUCCACCGCAUGGCAUGAUGUAAUUGUAUUUGGUGGACAGGGACAAGAUGGAGAAAGUCUUAGAUCUGUUGAGAAAUAUAUAUUUGACGACCAAAGAUGGGUUCCCAUGCCCUCGAUGAAUACCCCUCGUGCUUUCUUGUCAGCAGUCAUUGUUGGUAAUGAAGUUGUUGUCAGCGGUGGUGAUACCGGCCCAGGAAGAACAGAUACUAUCGAAAUAUUAGAUCUUGAUGAAACUUCACCGCAAUGGAUCACCUCUGACGCGAGACUGCCUGUUCCACUGUGUGCACAUCAGACGGUUGCUCGUGAAGGAAAGUUGAUAGUCAUCGGGGGAAAUGACGACAACGAUGAUCCUGGAACUGGGGGGAAUUCAAACAAAAUCUAUGAAGUUGACCUCGCACAUCCCUACCCCGCCAGAAUUUUGUGCAAUCUCCCUCAACCAUUGUCAUGGCAUGGCGCUGAGAUGAUUGACGAUAGAAUAUUCAUCUUUGGUGGAGGAAGAGGCUUCACUAACCCAUACAAUCAGAUCUUGGUAUUUGAUCCUAGCACCAACACUUGUCUCCAAAGAGUUGAAAGUUUACCUUACCGCGUCCAAGGAAUGGCGACAAUAUUUUGCGCAAACAGAGUCCUACUUCUGGGAGGCGUUGAUGCUGGUGGUCAAGAAUUAAACACCGUCAUUUCGUACGACGUAACGUCAGGUGUAACGACGCCAUUGACUCCAAUGCAGCAGCCAAGAGGUGGUUGUACAGCUGUCGGACGUACCACCAUUCAGGGACAGCAACAGCAACAAGAACGAGGUGAGGUUGUCGCGUUAGGAGGUUUGGGAAACCUUAACACAGUUGAAAGAUGCGUUCUUGGUAUAAACGUCUGGAGCGAUUUGCCUCCCACAUUAGAAGCUCGACAAUUAUGCACAGCGGUCGUUUCUUCUGCAACAGCGGUCUUUUCUUUUGCGACUGGCAACGCAUAGUAAAAUACAGUGGGAAUUCCUCUCAUAUGCAAUGUCAGAACAGGCCUUAAUGUAUAAAAAACGCUGCACAUAUAUCCUUCGUUUGCUUUUUAUAACACAACAGUAUCGUAAUUGCUUAUUAAACUUCGAUAUCAAAACUCUAUUAGCAAAGAAACAUUCGAACAAUU